AUGGGCCCCCGUACCGACUCCUCAUGCUGCUGCCAGGCCCGUAAUCUGUCAUAGGCCCCUGUACCGCCUCCUCAUGCUGCUGCCAGGCCCGUAAUCUGCCAUGGGCCCCCGUACCGACUCCUCAUGCUGCUGCCAGGCCCGUAAUCUGUCAUGGGCCCCUGUACCGCCUCCUCAUGCUGCUGCCAGGUCCAGAGUGUGUCAUGGGUCCCUGUACGGCCUCCCAUUGCUGCUGUCUCCAUCGCCACACUCUGCCAUGUGCCACUUUCAGGUCUCCUCACACUGCUGGUGGGUUCCAUUUUGUCAUAGGGUGCUGGCAGAUUACGGGCCUCCCUUUGCUGCUGCCAGGCCCGUAAUCUGCCAUGGGCCCCCGUACCGACUCCUCAUGCUGCUGCCA